UCAGACAAGUCGUGGUUGCGAGCGAGAGUAGUUGUUUGUACGUGUGCGGAAGCUACAUCAACUAAACAUAUAUAUAUAUAUAUUUUAUUGCGUGGAAGCCAACUGCGCCUACUGUGUGAUUCAACAGCAUACAAGCAUGCUAAGAAGAAAUAUAGGAAAUCUUAGUGUGUUCUUGCCAAACUCCAACAUGAAUUUUCUUUCGGAUAAAGAACGACAAGGUCAUGGAUGUGAACGUGAGUCUUUGGAGCUUGAAGAUAUAUACACUGUAAGAGAAAUGCUCGGCAGUGGAGGUUUUGGGACAGUCUACGCAGGUAUUCGAAAGAAGGAUUGCGUUCCUGUUGCCAUAAAACAUAUAGCUAAGGAGAAAGUCACAGAGUGGGGACAGAUGAAUGGGCGGAGAUGUCCGCUGGAAGUGUGCCUACUGCGAAAACUCGACAACGUUCAAGGAGUGAUCCGCAUGUUGGACUGGUAUGAGCAAUCGGACAGUUUCGUGAUCGUGAUGGAGCGGCAAGAACCCGUGCAAGACCUUUUUGACUUUAUCACGGAACGUGGCCCACUUGGCCAGAGCUUGUCGCGGAAUCUCUUCCACCAGGUGGUCAGCACUGUGCUCAGGUGCCAGCAAGCUGGCGUGCUGCAUGGCGACAUUAAGGAUGAAAAUCUGCUGAUCGAUAAGAAGACCGGCCAGCUGAUACUGAUUGAUUUCGGAUCCGGUUCAUGGCUGAAGGAGAGUGUCUACACGGUAUUUGAUGGUACGAGAGUGUACAGCCCACCCGAGUGGAUAAAGUAUCGGCGCUACUACGCACGCAGCUCUACCGUGUGGUCACUAGGCAUACUACUUUACGAUAUGGUAUGCGGCGACAUCCCAUUCGAAGAAGAUCGACAGAUCGUCAAGUGUGACUUGAAGUUUCGAACACGUCUACCUGCUGAUUUGAAGGAUUUGAUCAGACAGUGCCUAUUGUAUCGGCCGAACGACCGACCGUCUCUAGAGGACAUUCUUGGUCACCCGUGGAUGCAGGACGGUCAGUCGGACAUCGAGAGCAAGAUGCGGCGAAACGUCACGUGUCGCUCCCUUGACCAAUCGUCGACGAGCAGUGCCGAGAGCCUGUAACGCGACGAGAGCAUCAUCGGUGGGCCGAUUCUGGCGAUGUCUCAACCGCCGCCGAGAAUUGCGCAGACGACAAUCGCGAUCGGGCAACGGCAGCGCCGCCUGGCGCUCGGCCGGAGGAACUAGAGCCUGGAAGUAUUUACGACUCGGCACGUCACUCGCGUGGUUGUGAGCACACUUCCCCGGCGACUCCCGAUAGCCGGAGUCGGGUGGGGAGAUCCAAGUGCAGGAAGCUGGAACAAUUGGCCGCAAGAAAGAUGUGGACAGUCGAGAUAUGUGAUAUAUUACAUUGUGAGGCGGCGUGUGCUCGGGAACACUCACGCGUAUAGUAAAGCAAGUCUUUCAAUCUCUUCAGUGCGGGGAUCGGUGCGGAGGCACGCGGUUCGUGCGCACUCGGAGCGGGGCCUGUGCACGAAUCGAUGUAAGAACGAAGUGCCAACGUCUGCGAGGGUAAAGUGAUUUGUGGACGACGGAAGGUCCGGACAAGCAUCUACGUUACGUACAGCGCUCGGAACUCGAGUGACCGUUGUCACUGUUGGUCAGUUUGGAGGAUGUGUUGAUCGCAUAGAUAGCGGUCAAGGACCGUAACGUGUAGUCUAGCCACGAAAGGCUUCUUAAUCUCGAAAACAUUUAGUCCCUGCAUCAGCUAUUCGUCAGUCUGAUCCAGUCCCCACCAAUUUGCCGGUCCUCUCUGACUAUACUCUCACUCUCAGCCCUUGUCAGCCAAUGUCUUUCCCAGAAAUAGGAUUCGAGGUUAAGUUAUAUUCAGCCAGUGUUGUCUCGAAUGUACUAAAAUAAUUGAGUGCAGUAUCUAUCACCUGAUAAUGACAACUCUGCGUAUUUCAUUGUGUUUGCACCUUUGUGUGUGUGUGCGUGCGUGCGUGCGUGUGUGUGGGUGGGUGGGUGUGUGUGUGUGUGUGUGUGUGUGUGUGUGUGUGUGUGUGUGCGUGCGUGCGUGCGUGUGUGCGUGCGUGCGUGCGUGUGUGUGUGUGUGUGUGUGUGUGUGUGUGUGUGUGUGUGUGCGUGUGUGCGUGCGUGUGCGUGUGCGUGCGUGGGUUCGGAGUGUGUACUUUUCUGUGCUUUCUCUGGCCUAGUUGUCAGUACCUUUUCGGAUGUCGCAAGAGUUGUUUAAGCCGCAUAGUGGGAGACGUAUGACCCAGCGACCCAUGUGUGCUUUCAUGAAUAGGUGCACAGUAGCACAGCGGGUUUCUGCUAAUUCGCAUGAAGCCCGUUGAUGUUAGUGGCACUGCUGGUGCUAGGGGAAGAUGCGAAAUUCACCAUGUUCUCUCGUCGUCGUGGUGGUGGUACACUCGAAGCAUUGCUCAAUAUUUUUACAAAGAAUAAAUCGCGUUUUAUACGAGAAAUGAAACGCGGUUGAGAGAAAGGGGGAGGGGGGUUUACACGACAUUUGCCAACGAUGCAUUUUUUAUGGUUGCCAUCGUUGUGAUUCGAUGCUAUAAUCUUAAUAUCAUCGGAAGCAAUGAUCCGUUUUAGGCAAUGUAACUUUAAUUUAAUUUUGUGUGUACCACUGCGUAUGACAUGUAUUUGUACUGCAGCUAUUACAGUGUAAAUUUUAUUCGCCUAUAUAUACAGUGUAAAUACAGUGUAUACAGUGUAGCUGAGAUCA